AUGAAGCAGAACAUCCAGGUCGCCCGCCUCUCGGAUCAACAGCCGCACCUGAAGCUUGCAGUGAUUGAACUGGACUAUGUGGCUGAAGUUAUUGGCUCGCCUCCACGGUCUACUUCAGCACGUGCGCAUAUCUUUCGAUAUUGGGACAGCAUAUUCUCCGUAGCUCAAGAUAAGGGUAAUACAAAGAAGAUAUACGAGGAUCUUGAAGAUACGGUCUUUCGUCUCUUAACCUUAGAUCGAGAGCGAAUUGAUAGACAGGGACUGUGGACAAUAUGUAAGGCACGAGAUGGGUCAUCCAAAAAUGCUAGGAAAGCAUAUACCUUAUGGACUAAACAGUAUUCUGGAGACAUUUCAGAGAUUUCUGAGGAGUUCUUGCAAAAGUUAAUGACGGACGAGUUAGUCGAUCUCUUUUACGUUACUUCGAGCACAGUCACUGCAGGAAUGAAAGCGUUUGUGACGGAAAGAGGAUGGAUUGGGAUGGGUCCAGAGAGAAUGAUGCCAGGAGAUGUCGUAAUUAUCGUUGCAGGAGCAGACGUACCUCUCAUUCUGAGGGUUGAUGAUCGAGAAACUCGUAGACUUGUUGGGGAAGCUUACGUUCAAGGGAUUAUGGAUGGAGAAGCUGUCGAGAUGGGACUUCCUGUUGUUGAUGUUGAUAUUUACUGA